AUGGGGGCAGCCUUGCUCGGCUGCAGCUUGGAGGAAGUGGGCUCCCCUGUCUGCUCCGGGUGUCUCCCCCGCCACAUCUUGAAAGCAGAGUUGUUUGCUUGCAAGGUGCCCCGACCUUGCAACCAGAGAAGAGGAGAGAUCACGCCCGCCACACGCCUCAAGUCGAGUCAAGUGGAAAAGCUUGGGAUUGCACCAUCAGGCGACUACAGGAAACCAGUUGCACAACCCAGAAGAGGCCUAGCAGCAAAACCUACAUCUGGACAGCUUUUUGCAGCCUCGGAGUUUGGGAUCGUUCUGGAUGCGGGGUCCUCCCACACGGCCAUGUUUGUCUACAAGUGGCCGUCCGACAAGGAGAACGAGACCGGGAUCGUCAGCCAGCACAGCGACUGCCACGUGAAGGGGGGAGGCAUCUCCAGCUACGCCACAGACCCUCCGGCAGCCGGGCAAAGCUUGCGCGCGUGCCUCGACCAGGCCCUGGAGGACGUCCCGAAGGCGAGGCAUGCCAUCACGCCCCUCUACCUUGGAGCCACGGCUGGCAUGCGGCUGCUCAACAUUUUUGACCCUCAGGCUUCAGACAGUGUCCUCGAAGCUGUCACUGCCACGCUGAAGCAAUACCCCUUUGACUUCCGGGGAGCCAGGAUUCUGAGUGGAGAGGAUGAGGGCUUAUUCGGGUGGGUCACCGCUAACUACCUCCUGGAGAACUUCAUAAAGUACGGGUGGAUCGGGCGGUGGAUUCGCCCAAAGAAAAAGACGGUGGGCGCCAUGGACCUGGGCGGCGCCUCCACCCAGAUCACCUUCGAGACCACGGGGACAAUCGAGAGCCCCACCAACGAGGUGACGCUGAAGCUGUACGGGCAACCCUACAAAGUGUACACGCACAGCUUCCUCUGCUACGGCAUGAAUGAGGUCCUCAACCGGCUGGUCUCCAAGGUCCUGAAGGCGAACGGCUACACCCUCCGAGUGAGCAACCCCUGCUGGCCACAGGGCUUCAAGCGCAGCUUCCCCAUGGAAAGCGUCUACGGGUCUCCCUGCGCCAGCCCCGAGAAGCCCACCAACUACUUCCCCAAGGCCAUGGUGAACAUGAGCGGCUCUGGGGACGCAGCCCAAUGCUUGCUGCACGCGGAGAGCCUCUUCCAGUUCACGGACUGCCCCUACUCCCGCUGCUCCUUUGACCGAGUCUUCCAGCCCCCCAUCGAGGGAAACUUUAUCGCCUUCUCUGCAUUUUUCUACACGGUGGACUUCAUCCGGUCAGUGAUGAACAGACCGGUGGCCACGCCAGAUGACCUCAGAGAAGCUGCGGGGGACAUCUGCAGUACAACAUGGACCGAGCUCCUUAAGAAAGCGCCGAAACUGGAGACCCAUUUGCAGAAUUACUGCUCGAUGGCCACCUUCGUCUCGCUGCUGCUCACACGGGGCUACUCUUUCAGCAACAGCACUUUCCCCACCAUUGCCUUCCAGCAGAAGGCCGGGGACACGACCAUUGGCUGGGCCCUGGGCUACAUGCUAAAUCUCACCAACAUGAUCCCGGCAGAAGAGCCCAGCUUCCGGAAGAGCUCCAGCUUCGGCCCUUGGGUCGGCCUCAUCCUCUUGUUCGUCGCCAUCCUCCUGGGCAGCUUAAUGAGCAUCUUCUGCCUGCUGAGAUCCUCCAAGGGACGGGGGGCAAUGUAGUGUCUGCGGGAGCGCUGGCCGCGUGUGGGGCGCAGGACGCCAGCUAUCUCCUGUCCGGCCUUGCCUGGGAACUCCAGCCUCUGGCCAAAACCCAGGAAGGAAGAAACCAGGCCCAGAUGAAGAACCACUCUCCACGGAGGCAGACGAUGCCUCGCACGGGUCCUUGGGCGCUCAGUCCACCAACUUUCCUGCCUCCGUUUUCCUUCCUGAAGGGUCACGAGGCUCCCCAAAAAAGGACGCCGCCAUCCACAAGGAAGGCCUUCCGAGUCCCCCAUCCCUUCCAUUCUUCCUGUCUAGUUGUUAGACUCAGGAAUUCCCAGUUGGAGUUCAGACAUCCGGGGGCCUUGAUCCCAACCGGACUCUGCCUCCGUGAACAAAUGACCCCGGGAGGAAACAUCGCCACCCAUCUCUUUUCUAUUGACUAUGGACGUUGGAAGGGAUGACAACCCACUGGAUGUUGCUGCCUGUCUGCAAACACCAGUCGUCUUUGGAAACUGCGGUCCCUUAAAAAGCAAAUUUGUUUGUCCAAACAAUGUACCACGGGAACUUUAAUCGGGCGCAAGCUGUCCGGACUUCCACUGGACUGAAGUCAUUGGCAGGGGGGUUGAUCCCAUCUCUUAGCACAAGUUGUUGUUCCAGUUUUGCUCAAGACUUCAUGGAGAUGUUCGUGGUGCGUUUGGGGCAGCCAUGUGGAUUUCCGACUGUAAACCACAGCCGUGGGACUUCCAUUCACGUACAGACCAGGUCUGGCUUGGCUUAGCAUUUUGAGAUCACCCAACAUCACCUAGCUGGACAUCUUUUAGGGAACUGAAAUCUAGCAAACUGCCUUUACCUCUGUUGAGACACUCCUCUUUUUCUGCUUAGUACAUACUGUAAAUAAGAGAUCCUCUUCCUCCACCCACACACCCUUCAUUGACCUCCUGACCCCAGAACGAAAGCUUAUUGCAGGAACAAACCCUGUUUUGGAGUUUUCCUUGGUAGAGUGAUGGCAUGGCUCCCCCCAACCUUUGGGAAUCUUUUUUUUCCCCAAAUCUUUUCCAGAAAUUAGGGGAAGACUUGCUUUCUUUCUGCAAGAAAAAUCCAACGGGUGCUUGUGUUUCUUGCACUCUUGGGUGUCAAACCCAUCCAUGAGACACUUUGAACAAUGUUUAACUCAAAAAUUAAAAAUAGUCCACAUUUGAAUUUAUAUUUUUGAGUUUACUUUGGAUCCUUCCAUUUCUUAGUGUACAAUACACAUGUCAAUUGUGAAACUGCCAGGAUUGUAUAAAGUACUGUUACCGUGAUGAGACAGCUGUAUUUCAACCCAAUUUGACCUCUCCCCCAGCACCCUUAAAAAAAUACCUAAAGUUUCAAUUCAUAAAAUUAAAUUCAGUGAAGAGAUGGCUAAGUUAGAUGAUUUCUGCAUAAGAACUACCUUUAAUCAGGGUGUACAGGCAGCAGAAUUGCAAUCUUCUGCUUUUCUGCCUAGGAAUAAAUCCCACAGAAGAUGAUUGGAUUUAUUUCUAUGGGGACAAGUAGACGGUUGUGUCGGCAGGAGUUGUUUCCCACCCCAUCCCACCCCAUUUCUGGGAUGUCCAUGUGUGUGAAUAGGGAAUGAAAUCAGGGUGACUGUUUUUGCUUUAAUGAUACAGUUUUGUAUAAAUACAAAAAAAAAAAAUCAGGUUUUUUGGGGGGGUUGGUAUUCUUUACAUUGGUAGUGCAACAGUAUUAAACUUGCAUAGCUGGC